AUGCAGAAGGGCAUCACCAAGCUGAAGAACAUCCUCGAGGGCAAGCCAGAGCCGCAGUUUAGCUCCGAGGACUACAUGAUGCUUUACACGACGAUAUACAACAUGUGCACGCAGAAGCCACCACACGACUACUCGCAGCAGCUUUAUGACAAGUAUCGGGAGUCGUUCGAGGAGUACAUCACCUCCAUGGUUGAGGAUCUUUCUAGGAUGUACAGGCUCUUCUCCAAAAUCACCUGUGGUCUGGAGCCUAUAUCUAACAUGUUCAAAAUGCAUGUUACAAAUGAAGGCACAGCCUUGGUAAAGCAAGCAGAAGAUUCUGCUAGUAAUAAGAAGGUCUUCGUGUGGAAAAUCAUCGAGCUGCACGACAAAUAUGUAGCUUAUGUGACACAAUGUUUGCAUGUGGACGUGUGGAUUUCUUAA